CCUCCGUCUCCGUCUUGCCGUCGCCCAUCACCCGUCCCGUCAACAAUGCACGACCGGCUGCCGACGCACAACGGGUAUGCGCGCGCGUCGCUGGGCUCCGACCACGGCCUGCCCGCGCGCCGCGCCUCCACCCCCACGCCGCCCACCAAGACGCGGCACUACGUCGUGCCCUUCGUCGUGCUCUUCCUCAUCGUCUUCGCGAGCGCGACGCAGACCGAGACCGCAUCCUACCUCGCCUCCGUAUACGGCUUCGACAAGCCCUACUUUGGCUUCUUCGUGACGCACUCGACGUUCGCCCUCGUCUUCCCCAUCCACUUCGGCCUGCUCGUCCUCUUCAAUCGCACGCCACGCACGCGGCGCGAGCGCGCCAAACAGCUCCUGCGCAACCUCCGCGCCGUGCUCGCCGACCAGCUCGGCACGGCGCCGCGGUGGCGCCAGCUCGCCCGCCCGCUCGCCGCCAAAAUCGUCCCCCUCACAGCCCUCAUCUCCGUCCCCGCCAUCUGCUGGUUCAUCGCCAUGGCCUUCUCGCCCGCGAUGGACAUCACGGCGAUCUACGCGACGUCCGCCUUCUUCGCAUACUUCUUCUCCCUUUUGCUGCUCGGCACCCGUCUCACCCGCCUCACGGUGUUCGCGAUCGCGGUCGCGUUCGCCGGCGUCCUCGUCCUCACCUUCGCGGGCGCCGGCAAGGCGCCGGAAAACGGCGACACGCGCACAGGCAUGCGUCGUGUCAUCGGCGACGGCAUCAUGGUCGUCGGCGCCAUCCUCCUCGGCCUCUACGAAGUCGUGUACAAGAUGGUGCUGCCCGAAAGCCAAGGCGGGGCGACGCACGCCCACAAGCCCGCCGACGGGAUGCAUUACGCCGCCGUGCCCGUCGAAGAGGACUCGGCGGCCGAGAGCGAGGCCGAGGACUAUGCCCUCGGCGCAGCGCAGCCGCAGCCACAUACACCGCUCCUGCUCAAACCCAGCAGCCGGCCCCCUUCCCCGUCGCCCGCACUCGACGGCUUCGCCAGAGCCCUGCCCAGCCUCUCGCGCACCCACUCCCCCGCUCAUUCCCGCUCCCAUUCAGACUCACACACACCCAUCCCAUCGCACCCGCCGACGCCGAUGCGCGCGCCCCCGCACGCCGUGCCCCGCCUCCCCACCGCUCUCCACUCAAACUUCCUCACCUCCUUGAUCGGCGUCGCGACGUUCGUGCUCCUCUGGCCUCCACUCCCCUUCCUCCACGCCGCGGGGUGGGAGACGCUCGAGGCCCCGCCCAAAUGGAGCCUCAUCGCCGUCGUCGCCAUCGGUGGGGCCGUGUACAACAGCGGGCUCAUGAUUUUGAUUGGGGUAUGGGGCCCGACAACCAGCUCCGUCGCAAAUCUCCUCACCAUCGGCCUCGUGGCCAUCUUCGAUGCCGUUUGGAUGGGACACUUGCCCGACCUCCAGACGUUCAUCGGCGCCGCGGGCAUUGCUGCUGGCUUUGGCUUGCUGUUGUGGGAAGGGGAGGAGGAUUAGAUCUGGGAGGCGAGCGACCGACUUAGCAUUAGCAUCUGUAACACCACUACUAGCAGUGCAUUGAUUCUACCGCCUUGAUUGGCACCGCUGCUGCGCGUAUCGCUAAAAGCAUGCAUAUGAUCAGAACUCAUGCAAAUGAACAAA